CGGAAGGCUCCGGGCACCGCCGCCGCCAACGCGGAAGAGCAAGCCCCCGGGCCGUUCAGUCGAGUUCAGCAUGCUAAGGUCAGCUCUGCGGCCCGCGGGCGCUGCUGCUCGGGCCACGCGGCCCGCGCUGCACACGGCAAUGCGGGCGUGCGCCUCUGCGGUCACCAAGGUGACGGGCGGCUCGACGGGCGUCUUUCCGCAGGCGCCGAGCCCUCUGCAGGAGUUUUCGGUCGUCUACACCGACCGUGCGCUCAACCACAUGUCGGAGCCGUUCAAGAAGGUGAUGCUCGACAUGGACGAGCUUCUCUGCGACAUCUACGGCGCCGAUACCGCUGUCAUCAUCCCCGGGUCUGGGACGUACGGCAUGGAGGCGGUCGCGCGGCAGUUUGCGACGGGCAAGAAGGCGAUGGUGCUGCGGAACGGCUACUUCUCUUGGCGAUGGACCGACAUCUUCGACACGGGCGACAUCCCGUCCGAGUCGGUGGUGGUGCAGGCGCGGCCCUGCAACGUCGUCGAGGGCAAGCAGCAGUUUGCCCCGCCGCCGAUCGAGGAGAUGGAGGAGCGGAUCCGCGCCGAGAAGCCGGCCGUCUUCUUCACGCCGCAGGUCGAGACGUCGACGGGGAUCCUGCUGCCGGACGAGUACAUCGCCCGGCUCGCGGCCGCGGUGCACGAGGUGGGCGGCAUCUUUGUGCUCGACGCGAUCGCCUCGGGCACCGUCUGGAUCGACAUGAAGAAGAACGGGAUCGACGCGCUCAUCACCGCGCCGCAAAAGGGCUGGUCGGGCCCGGCGUGUGCUGCGAUCGUGAUGCUGUCGGAGCGCGGCGUCGAGGCGACGCGGGCCACCCCGGGCACCUCGCUCGCAUGCAACCUGGGCAAGUGGCUCUCGGCGCGCCGCCGCCGCCCGCCACACCUCUCUCACCCCAGCCCCACGGCGCAUGUGAUGGACUCGUACAAGUCUGGCGGCUUCGCCUACCACACCACAAUGCCGACCGAUGCCCUCGUCGUGGCGCGUGACGCCAUGAUGGUGACGCGCGACUUCGGGUUCGACCGCGCCAAGCAGGCGCCGCCCCGGAGCCGAGGCGGACACGGACACGCCGCCUUCGAGCUUGGCGGUCUGGUGCGCGGCGUGCUGCAGGGCGACCGCGGCCUCGUCUCCGUCGCGGCGCCCGGGUUCGAGUCGCCGGGCGUGGUUGUCGUCCACACCGACGACUCGGCGGUCCUCUCCAAGUUCCUCUCCGCCGGCACGCAGAUCGCGGCGGGCGUCCCGUUCAAGCUCGGCGAGAGUGAAGACACGAAGACCUUUCGCAUCGGCCUCUUCGGUAUCGACAAGCUCGCCGACCCCACCGCCACCGUGAAGCACUUUGAGCGCGCGCUCGACGUCGCCGUCCCUCCGGCCAUCGCUGCGCCUGCGGCGGCGGCUGCCUGAGGGAUCCACCCUGGAGGGCCAAGGUUCUGGCUGCUGCAGAACUUUGGCGCCCGCUUCGAGGCGAACAUAGGCUCUCACACACCCACUUGGAAGCUACGCGCGGCGAGGCGCCGCCUUACUGAACUGUCCUCCCACUGCCUACGCACAUCUCGCAUGCGCAUCUCGGGCUCACAUGGGUCAUGGCACUUAAGUACGGCAUAUCGAGGGGCGCGCGCACAGAUAGCCACGCACAGCCAGCCCGAGGCGGAGCAGAGGCGGAGAGACUAAGAUAGACGGUAUAAACAAGAACUUUAGUGGCCGCCCAGCCGCAUUCAGCU